UCUAGGACGGGACAAAUAUGGACGUGUGAGGGGCGUAGGAGGUGUCCGCCUCGGGGUGAGAAAGGUGUAUGGUGAUCAAUACACCUCUACGUCAAAAUCCAGUGCCUCCAGUGUCAAUUCAGCAGCUUCCAUAGAUGUGGAGGCUAUGAAAGCCCAAAUUCGGGAGGAGCUCAGAGCGGAGAUGACUCCGAAUUUCAACGCCAUUUUGGCGUAGAUGGGCUUACCGACUUUUGGUGCUUUCUCGCAAGGCAGUGUUCCUACGCAGCCUGUUCCUACGCAGCCUCAUCCAGAUCCGGAGUUCACGGAAGAGACACCAUGUGAGCUAUUAGCUCAAGGAGAUGGUCAUGGCAGUUUCAUUGUCGUUGCUUAUGGCUCUGCACAGCCCCCUAGGGACCGGGUACGAUUGCACAACCAGCCAGUUGCUGAUAUUCACUAUGUGGUCAGCGUUUCAGACAUUGUGCCCGGUUUCGAAGAAUUACCGCUUCCACUGCCGAAUGCAGAAGUUUUUUUUUUUGCUAAGCAAAUUUUCUUCCAAUACCAACUUACUCCUGAGUUGGGCUUGUAA